AUGUCGUGGAAACAAAACUUGAACAAAUCUGCAGCUAAACCAGCUGCACCAAAACCGAAAUUUGAUACAAAAGAUGAUGAUUGGGAAACUGAUACUGCUUAUGAAAAUACUGUAACUGAAAAAACACAACGUUAUGGUUCAAAAAGUAUACCAGGUUCUGGUCGCGUUGAUCAUGUUGAUUUCAAUUCAAUUCAAGAAAAAAUCAAAACAGCUGAUGUUGCUGUUAAAGAUACAUAUCAACAAAAAAAUCCUAAUCGUGGUUAUGGAGGAAAAUAUGGUACAGAACAAGUUAUGGAUAAGAAUGCAGCAGAUUUUUCAUACAAAGCUGAUAUAAAUAAACAUUCAUCACAAACAGGUUAG